CCCAAACAUAAGUCUCAAACAUUACCCAAAUUCAAAUUUCAAAACCUGGUCCAUUUUUCGUAAAAAGCGGAGCGGCAACGGUAAUUACCAGCCAGCUGUCAUUUACCACUACUGCUAUUUCUCUAUUGAAAAAUAUCAGCCUUCAACCAAAAGCAUCCAAACUUAUUGCCUAUAAAUUUCGCUUCCCCGCAAACCCUAAUCCAUCUUAACCAUCUCUUCCAGAGCGUCUUCAUAUACGCAUCUGGUCUUCUCUCGCUUUUUCUUUUUCUAAUUCUUCGGCAAACAAAACAUUUUCAGCGAAAAUGAGAGAGUGCAUUUCGAUCCACAUCGGACAGGCCGGAAUCCAGGUCGGCAAUGCUUGCUGGGAGCUCUACUGCCUCGAGCAUGGCAUUCAGCCCGAUGGACAGAUGCCGAGUGACACAACCGUUGGUGGCGGUGAUGAUGCCUUCAACACUUUCUUCAGUGAAACUGGUGCUGGCAAACACGUUCCUCGUGCAGUGUUUGUCGACCUCGAGCCAACUGUGAUUGAUGAGGUGCGCACGGGCACAUAUCGUCAGCUUUUCCAUCCUGAACAGCUCAUCAGCGGCAAGGAAGAUGCUGCCAACAACUUUGCCAGAGGUCAUUACACCAUCGGCAAAGAGAUUGUGGAUCUCUGCCUUGAUAGGAUCCGCAAGCUGGCCGACAACUGCACUGGACUGCAGGGAUUCUUGGUUUUCCAUGCUGUUGGUGGCGGUACAGGAUCUGGGCUCGGUUCCCUUCUCUUGGAGAGGCUCUCAGUUGACUACGGAAAGAAAUCAAAGCUGGGCUUCACCAUUUACCCUUCCCCACAGGUAUCGACUGCAGUCGUCGAGCCUUACAACUCUGUUCUUUCCACCCACUCUCUGCUCGAGCACACUGAUGUCGCCGUCCUUCUCGAUAACGAGGCCAUCUACGACAUUUGUCGCAAAUCCCUCGACAUCGAGAGGCCCACAUACACCAAUCUCAACCGGCUCAUUUCUCAGGUGAUUUCCUCCUUGACGGCAUCCUUGAGAUUCGACGGCGCAUUGAAUGUUGACGUGAAUGAAUUCCAAACCAAUCUCGUCCCUUACCCAAGGAUCCACUUCAUGCUCUCGUCUUAUGCUCCGGUUAUCUCGGCCGAAAAAGCCUACCAUGAGCAGUUAUCCGUGGCUGAAAUUACCAACACGGCCUUCGAGCCUUCGUCCAUGAUGGUCAAGUGCGACCCGCGCCACGGAAAGUACAUGGCUUGCUGCCUCAUGUACAGAGGUGAUGUUGUCCCCAAGGAUGUGAAUGCAGCUGUUGCCACUAUCAAGACAAAGCGCACAAUCCAGUUUGUGGACUGGUGUCCGACUGGAUUCAAGUGUGGCAUCAAUUACCAGCCCCCAACUGUGGUCCCUGGUGGUGACCUGGCGAAGGUGCAGAGGGCUGUGUGCAUGAUCUCCAACUCGACUAGUGUUGCUGAGGUGUUUUCGAGGAUUGACCACAAGUUUGACCUGAUGUACGCGAAGAGGGCCUUUGUGCACUGGUAUGUGGGGGAGGGCAUGGAGGAAGGGGAGUUCUCGGAGGCUAGGGAGGAUUUGGCGGCCCUUGAGAAGGACUAUGAGGAGGUUGGGGCUGAGAGUGCUGAGGGUGAGGAGGAGGAUGAAGAGUAUUGAUGAGAAGAGUGGUUUGUUUGUGACUGUCUGUUGAAUUUGAACAAUCUGAGGUUGUUGUGUCUUCUGUUUUGUGUUUGUUAUGGAUGUUUCAACUCUAAGUGUGUUCCGUUAUUGAGUUUGUGUGGUGCUUUAUGGUUUAAUACUACUUCUUUGUGGUUUCUCGUGAUAUUGGUUUUUACUUAUUUGGUCCAGGCGCAAAUCACCAAUAUUUUAAACGCUAUGUUUUUUUCAGUCUAGGCCAACAAGUAUUUUUGGAUUUCCCACAGCUUGCAGCUUUUUUAUGUUUCAUUAGGUUUCAGUUGGUGGCAAUUUAUAUAUCUCCCAAGCUAAUUGUUUUUUUUUUCUUUUUUUUCUUUUUUUUUUU